UUUCACAUCAUCACUUUGGGUUGUUUUUCCCGAGCAAGGCAAGGAGCCUAUAGCCGCAGGUCGCCUGAGGAAAGGCCCGUGCGGGUGAAGGAUACUCGCCACCAUGGACUGGAGGGAGGGCGAAGGCGCCGCCGGAGGGGGCGUGGAGGGGCCAGAGGAGGGCGGGGCGGUGGUCCCCGCGGGGCUGGAGGCGCUGCUGGCCCGCUGCAGCGCCAUGUACCCCGGGCAGCCCAACCCCCUGCAAGUGACGGCCGUGCUCAAGUACUGGUUAGGUGGGCCAGACCCCCUGGACUACAUUAGUAUGUAUGCCAACCCUGGGAAUCCCAAACUGAACAUCCCUCCUCAUUGGCACUAUGUGAGUUUUGGCUGCUCUGACCUUCAUGGGGAUGGCCGUGUGCAUGAGCAGACAGGUCCUGAGAGUCCUAGCGGCUUUGGAUUUGAACUUACAAUGCGGCUGAAAAGGGAGGAAGGAGAGAAAAGCCCUCCAACCUGGCCUGCUGCCAUUAUGCAAGCCCUGGCUAAAUAUGUCUUUCAAUCAGAGUCCAUCCUGUGUGUAGGUGACCAUGUGUCUUGGCACUGUCCACUUGAUAACAGUGAGUCAAGAGUGCAGCACAUGCUGAUGGCUGAAGACCCCCAGCUGGGUUCUGUCAGCACUCCAAAUGGCAAUGUGCAGUUUGUGCAGAUUGUGGGUGUCACCACAGAGGAGUUGCGAGCUGCUCAGCACUGGAAUGGUGUGGGUGUUCUGGACAUCAUGAAGCGGAUGCCCAGUGCAGGUGGUCCUUGGCUGGUGACAGACAUGCGUCGUGGGGAAAGCAUCUAUGAACUGGAGCCAUCUGUGGCUGAGGAAGUUGAAAAUGGGAUUGAAAAUGAGGGCUCAAAUCUUUCAGGGGUGUCUUCAAGGAUAAUUUGGGCUGAGACUGAACUAGGCAGCACCAUGACCCCGUUGUCUGCAUAUUCUCCGAAGACCCAAACAGAACAGGAAAGUGAGUUAUUGCCACGCAUCACUCAUGUGGAGAGUGAACAGAUCAAGACAACAUUACAGAAAGGCCUCAUGCAGGGAGGCGGCAAGAGCUGCAUGGCACAGAAUAAGGAAACAAGUAGUGAAGUGAAUGUGGAGGGCAAUGUGGCAACCUCAGAUUCUGCUGAACUCUUCGUUACAAGGCGACUUGAAUCCUUGCAUCUUUCAAUCAACUUGGAGUCUGGUGCUUUGCUUCCUCUUGCUCUAAGAGGUCGCCUGAAACAUGGUCGUCAUUUUACCUUCAAGUCUGUGGUGGAUGUGAGUGCAGUGACUCUGGUAUCUCCUGCUGUUGCUGGUGCCUUUGUGGAUGCUAGUUGUCCUUAUGCUGUCCGAGGGCCAUGGCUUCAAAUUUUUAUACCAGAUGACUUCUUGCCCACACUGGUAGAGGACUUGGCAGACCUAGCAGACCCUGAUGAAGUUACACUGCCAGCAACAUUUAGAUGGCCCAACAGAAAGCUAACCAUCACCAUCGUUGCAGAGGAAGCAUAAAGUUUUCUGUCAUAAAAGCAUUCAGGUGCCAUGAGUUACUGCCAGAGUGUUGGUAUCAGCAUGGUCCUAUAGUUGGUUUCAUUCUAUUUGUCCACUCAAGAGCUUAGAUUUGGCACGUGGGGAUUGCUAGUGCGUGACUGAGUGAAAAUCAACUGUUGUUUUUCCAAUUAAAUCUUUUUCCAUAAAAUAUUUGAGUGUCUAUUUAUAUAAAAAAAAAUAAAUAAAUAAAAAAAAAAAAAAAAAAAAAAAAAA